GAAAAUGAUGACACAUAAAUACCAUGCGAUUAAAACACGUCAGAUUUCAACCAGCCAAAAAAAGAAAUAAAACGUGGGCCCACCUCCUGCCAAAAUCAGUAUCUUCUCUCCUUCUUCCCAUUCAAAACCUAGAAGAGCAGAGGGCAAACACCAACAGCCGCCGCUGGGUUCUUGGAACCCAGACGUGGGUUCAAAGAACCCAGCACGCUUGGGUUCGAAGAACCCAGGCGUGGGUUUGAAGAACCCAGCAGGCUUGGGUUCUUCGAACCCGCGCCUGGGUUCCUUCGAAGAACCCAAGCGUGGGUUCGCGGGAUCCCUGGCCCAAGGUUUCUGACAAUGCUAAGGACCUCGUGAAGAAAAUGCUUCAUCCCGAUCAAGGCGGCGUCUUACUGCUCAAGGAGUUCUCGAAUGCCAAGAAAGCUCUGAAUGUCCCUCUGGGUGAAACUGUGAAAGCAAGGCUGAAACAAUUUUCUGUGAUGAACAAGCUGAAGAAAAGAGCUCUAAGGGUGAUCGCUGAGCAUCUGUCAGUGGAGGAAGUUGCUGGCAUAAAAGAUGCCUUUGCAAUGAUGGACACCAAGAAUAGAGGGAAAAUAAAUCUUGAAGAGCUAAGGAUUGGAUUGCAAAAGCUUGGGCAACAGAUUCCUGAUGCAGAUCUUCAAAUCCUGAUGGAGGCUGCUGAUGUUGAUGGCGAUGGAACUCUGAAUUAUGGAGAGUUCAUGGCAGUUUCUGUCCACCUGCGGAAGAUGGCCAAUGACGAGCACCUACAUAAAGCUUUUGCAGUUUUUGAUCAAAAUCAAAGUGGUUACAUAGAGAUUGAAGAGCUGAGAGAUGCCUUAAAUGACGAUGUUGACACCAGUAGCGAGGAGGUUAUCAAUCCCAUCAUGCUUGAUGUUGAUACAGACAAGGACGGACGCAUAAGUUAUGAGGAGUUUGCUGCGAUGAUGAAGGCCGGUACAGAUUGGAGAAAAGCAUCAAGACAGUAUUCAAGAGAAAGAUUCAACAGUCUAAGCUUGAAGUUAAUGAUGGAUGGUUCAUUAAAUUCAGCUAGUCAAGCCUAGUUAAGAAGUAAAUCAAGCUAAUAUUGCAAGGGAAAGAAAUAUACAUAUAAAUUCCUUGAUUUUUGCUGAUUACAUGAUAUUUUUUUCUACUACUGGUUUGUUUUCAUUUCAUGCGGAUCAUUUGGAUAUAGAUUGAAUUGCACUCAUGUCUAAUAUUGUCUUUAAAUGGUUGUGUGUUUAGAAUAUAUUCUUCCUGAGGCUGAAGUAGUAGCUGGAGAAGUAAAAGAAUUCAACACAU